UAUCUUUAUUUAUGAAUUCGGAAAUGUUCAUUAUUGAAUUUGAGUUUGACACUUUGACUAUCUAGUAUCUAUUUCUGAAUUUGGAAAUGUUCAUUCCAUUGUUCAAGAUCUACAAAAGUGCAGAGGGGAGACUCUUCUCAUCACAACUAGCAAUUGAUAGGAGAGGAAAACAACAACCAGAUUUAUGGUGGGAGAAUUAUGGUGCCGGCACGCCUAAUCUUCAAAAGAUAGCUAUCCGUGUUUUGUCUCAGCCAUGCAGUGCUUCUGGGUGUGAACGAAAUUGGAGUGUCUUUGAAAGCAUUCACACAAAGAAGAGAAAUAGAUUGUCACAAAAGCGGCUCAAUGAUCUAGUAUUUGUUCGGUACAACCUUCGCCUUCGAGUUAGACAGGUGGAGGGUGUUUCACAUGAGGCCAUUGACUUGGAUGAAAUUGAUCCAUAUGGUGAUUGGACCAUGAAUGAACAAAAUGAUGGUGAUGAUGUCCUCCUUACCGAAGAAGAAAUUGCAGAAAUAGAGAGAGGAGCAGCACAAGAUGCAGAAGGAGCAAGAUUGGAUGAAGAUGAGGACGAAGAUGAGGAUGAUGAUGAGGACUGUGACUUUGAAGAAGAAUCAUCUCACCAUUUAGAUACCACAACACCCACUGCUACUACUUCUAGCUCAAGGCCUGAAAAAUUGAGCUAUAUUAGGAAAAAUACAAAGAGGAAGAUGUAGUCUUCUCUUUGGUUUGUUCAUUCACAUUGCUGUUUUUCACAUUUGCAGUUGGACUUGGACAUAUCAUUAUAUGUAAUUUUGUGAACAUUUAUAUACUUAUGCUGCCAUUAUAGUAUUAUACAUUUUAGAGUUGAAACUUGAAACUUGAAUAUGCUGCCAUGAAUGAUGAAAUUUCAAAUAUUGCGUGUUUGUACUUU